AUGCCUGUACCCAAUAUUGAGAUCUUGCAAAUUAAUGACAAAGAGGAAACACCUCAGUCCACUGAACCAGAAAUUCCUCAUGAACGUCGUAUUGUCGAAGCUGUUAUUAAAUUAUGGAAAGAUGAUUCUGCUAAUGAAGAUUUAGGUAUUGGUAAAUUACAUCUUUUAGUUAAAAAUGAUCAUCCAAAUUGGUCCUUAAGUGAAAAAAGAUUGAAAACUGUAUUGAAAAGUUAUAAUUUACUUAAUAGUGCUCAACAAUAUACUUAUGCAAAUGAAAUCACUUCAAAAGAAACUCCAGAUAUAAAUCUACCCAAAAAUAUUAGAUUACAAUUUACUAAAAAUAGAGGUAAAGGUCUUUAUUCAACAAAUCUUUUCAAAGAAGGUGAUUUAAUUUGGGAGGAAAAAACCCCAUUAUUUUUCAUUCCACCUUUAGAUCGUGUUAAUCUAAUUGCAAAUUCAAAAGCUUGUACUUAUUGUGGUUCUUUAAUUUCUUCAAAUAAUUCUUCAAGAUCAGUUUUAAAAGGUCUUGAUUGUAAUGUUUGUCGUGAUGUUUGGUGUUCACAAUUUUGUAAAAAAAAUGAUAAAGUUCAUCAAUUAUUAAAACAUAAUGUUUAUCAUGAUGAUCCAAAAAAGCAAAAUUCCAAAAAGCAAAUUAUUUCUUCAAAUUGGAUUAAAUAUGAAAAAUUUUGUCAAGAAAAUAAAUGGAAUGCUGCUUUUGCAAUUGGAUUAAUUCAUAGUUAUAUUAUUACUGAUAAAUCUGGUGUCUUGGCUAAACAAUUUGAUGCAAUGGCUAAAGUUCGUCAAGAUAUUAGAUAUAAAGCUAUUGAUUCUUCUGGUAUUGGUGCAAGUUUUGAUAAUAAUAAUAAUGGUGGUGGUGCUUUAUUUGUUAAGGAACAACAAGAAUCUCUUUGGAAACAAGGUUUUGAAUUAUUUAAUUCAAUUUUCCCAAUAAAUCAAAUUUCUUAUGAAGAAUUUUUAACUAAUUUAGGUACUUAUAAUAUUAAUAAUAUUGAUGGUUCAUUAUUUUUAAUUCAAUCUCAUUUAAAUCAUAAUUGUGAUCCAAAUGUUCGUGUUAAAUUUGGUGAAAAAAAAACUGAUGGUAUUAAAGUUUAUGCUAAAAGAGAUAUUAAAGCAAAUGAAGAAUUAACUACAAGUUAUGUUAAUCCUUCUCAUUCUUUAAAUCAAAGAUUAAGAGAACUUAGAGUUAAUUGGGGAUUUAUUUGUAAUUGUAAAAAAUGUAAAGAUGAUUCAAAAAUUAUUCAAAGGAAAAAAUCAAAUGAAGCUUCUUCAAAUCAAAGUAAAGCUGAUGUUAAAAAAUUUUUAAAUGAAAAUCAUGAUGGUGAAGAAUUUGAAAUAGAAACACCAAUAAUUAAUGGUGAAGAAAGAUCAAGAAGAAAAUCUGUUAGAUUUGAUGAAAAAGUUGUUGCAGUUAACAAUGAAUCAUAA